AUGUGCUACGACUACAACAAGGUGCACUGGGGCUUCCCCAUCGGCAAAUCGGACUUUAAGAUGCCGAACCCCAAGGCCGUCAUGGACGAGGCGCGCAAGACAUUUGACACCAUCUGGGACGAGUACGACGACAUUCCUCGCCAUGCCCGUGUUCCUCCUCAGGACGCCGUCGCGUCGAUGAAAGAGGUCAAGAGAAUCGGCCAAGACGAGAAACUGCGAAGAACCAAGGAACUCGUCCUCCAGAUCGUCGAGGGCAUACUGUUCCUGAUCCCCUUUGUCGACGCCGCCCUUGGGAGCCUCGGCCGUAUUGGCGUUGGGAUGGCGCGCAUUCUGAUUGCCGUCGAGGGGAUCGGUAACGGCGGUCCUACCAUCUACCCUGUCGUUGGAGAUGCCGAGAUGCUGCCUGUUGCCAUUCUUACCAUGGUUCUUGGCGGCAUCGGCGCCGGCGGCCUCAGCGGUGCUCUUCGUUACCGUGAGCUCUCCAUCACUAAGGGGAAGUUGACCUCGGAGCACAGGACGAGUCUUAGGCCCUCGUUUCGAAAGCACAACCCCAAGAUCGAGACACUUUUGGACAAGAUUUGUCCGAGGCGCUGA